AUGGCUGUCUCAUUAGAUCCACGACCUACAAUAUUCACAUCCAGUCAUCAUGAGAUCAUAGUAGUCACAUUGAUUUGUCUUGCCCAAUUUUUCACUCAAGCGGGAAUCACAUUAUCAUUGUCGACCAUGAACAUAAUUCUAAAAUCCUUCGAUACCAUCGAUUCAGCAAAACAAGUUUGGUUUAUGGGAUCAUAUGCAUUAACUGUGGGGACAUUCAUUCUCAUUAGUGGGAAAUUAGGUGACUUAUUGGGAUUAAAAUUAAUUUUUGUUAUUGGAUGGAUUUGGACCACUGUUUUUUCUGCAAUCACAGGAUUAUCAAAUUAUGUUUCUGUUGAAUUUUUCAUUAUUUGUCGUGCUUUGCAAGGUAUUGGAUUUGCCCUCUUGAUACCGUGUGGAAUGGGUAUCUUGGGAAACAUAUAUCCUAAUGGUGAACGGAAAAAUCUUGUGUUUGGUUGUGUGGGUGCUAAUGGGCCUGCAGGAGCAUUCUUUGGGGCAUUCAUAGCGGCCUUGAUUGCACAAUUGUGGUGGUGGCCAUGGAUAUUUUGGCUAUUAAGUAUAGGUUGUGUCGUGUUGACGAUAAUUUCCAUGAUCUACAUCCCACCAAUAACUCAUCACAAAUUGGAAAGCUAUAGUGAGUUCUUUAAAAGAAUCGACCCUCUAGGGACAUUAACUGGGAUAAUAGGAUUGAUUUUAUUUAAUUUUGUAUGGACUCAAGGUCCCGUGGUAGGAUGGAAUACGGCUUAUAUAAUUGCUUUAUUGAUUAUUGCUGUAUUACUGAUUGUUGCAUUUUUCAUUAUUGAACUAUAUAUUGCCAAAUAUCCAUUAGUGCCGAAAUCAGUUUUCAAUCUUAAAAUCGGAAUGGUCUUGGCAUGUAUCAGUUGUGGUUGGGGGUCAUUUGGAAUUUGGCAAUAUUAUUACUGGAAUAUUAUUUUGAAUCUACGAAAAUAUACUCCCAUUGCUGGUUCUUUGACUUAUGUUCCAUUUUUGGUCAUGGGGAUAAUUGCAGCUAUUGCCUCAUCAAUAAUUAUUUCUCAUACAAAACCAUCGUACAUAAUUUCCUUUUCGACAAUUUGCUUUAUGGUGGGAUGUCUCAUGUUAUCAGUGACACCAAUACAACAAUCCUAUUUCCGAUUAACAUUGGGACAAAUGUUCAUAUUGUGUUGGGCGAUGGACAUGUCGUUCCCCGCUGCUUCCAUUAUCUUAUCUGACUAUUUGCCAAACCAUCAUCAAGGUAUGGCUGGUUCAUUGGUGUCUACGGUGAUAAAUUACUCGGUCAGUUUGUUUUUGGGUAUGUCUAGUUGUGUGGAGACCGAAAUUAAACUCAGUACGCACAAUGUCUUGCUUAGUUAUAGAAGUGGAUUAUACUUUGGAAUAGGUGUUGCUAGUUUGGGUAUCUUCUGUUCCUUAAUAUUUAUAUUUGUCCAAAGAAAUGACGGCAAAGGUACGAAUGCUUUAUUAGUAGAUCUGGAAGAAGAGAUUAUUAGGGAAUCAACUGAAGAUGUCAUGGAGAAAAAGUGA